AUGUCACAUGUCCCGGGAUUAAUACGCGAGGUAAAAAUAUGGUUCCAGAACAGAAGAACGAAAUGGAAGAAGAAAGACAACGUGUCGAAUGCCGAAGUUGCUGAAAUAAAGCAGCAAAACAAACCUAGCGUUGAAGAAAAAGGCGAUGAACCAAAAGAUCCUUUAGCACUAGACAUGUCCAAGAAAACCUGUAACAAAAUCCUUAGUGAAAAGCUCAAGAGUACAAAGGUCGUAACCCAAAAUCUACCAAAACCUAGGCGAGUUGAAAAAAUCGUGGAGACCAUUUGUGACGCGAACGAUAUCGAAAGUAGAAUAUCGAUAACAAAAAUAACAAAUAAACUAUCUAGUACUGAUCUAUCAGAGACGGUGUCAGUGAAAAGUUUUACUCCAGAAGAAGUGAAGGAAAAAUAUGAUUCUUUAAGCAGAGACGUUGAAAUG